CAUGCGGAGGAGGGCUCUGGGCAGGGACCACUUGGACCAACGAGAACUGAACACUGUUUCAUUUCAGUGCAGAAACAACGGCGUUCAACGCGAGUGGACCAGGGCGCCGCGCAGAAGCCCAUUGUCUGCUUUAAACAGGGCAACUACGGGAAACGGCUUUGACCAAAACAGCGGUGUGGGAGGAGUGUCCGAAUGGUAGGCACUGCGGGUUUGUAAAGACACAGGGGGGAAAAAAAAGAGGGGACGGGGGGGGGGGGCCCUGGACAAGAUCUGGCCAAUAACGGAAAAUGAACCUCAGUCAAGUUGUGAUAAUAUGAACCGCGUUUUGUUGCAGUUGGCGACCAACUAUUGAUGCUUCUGUGUUGAUCGCUUUCCAGACCACCGCAUCGCGCGAACUUCUUUUGUUCGCAUCGCCUGAGUCCUAAUUUCUAGCCUCCACAUUUGUGUUGUCGCUGAAGAAGACUUAGCCGCUCCAUUUAAAAAAAAAAAGAGAGAAAACAACCUAUAAUGAAUUUCCAGUCGAGCGUCCCAGUGUCCGGUAUCUCGCAGCAAUCUCAGCCAGCCAUGCCCACUCCAGGGACGGUCCCGGCGCCCGUUCCCGUCCCGGUACCCCAGUCCAUCCCGUCCCAGUUCGGAUCCGGAUCGUCUGCGAGCUCAGGGGCCGGUCAGUUCGGUUCGGGGACUGUUUCGGGUCAGGCUGCACAGUCCGGCCCGGCCGGCUCGCAGUUUGUUUUGUCCAACUCAGCAGCCAUCAGAGCGGAGAUCCACCGGUUCGAGUCCGUCCACCCGAACAUCUACGCCAUCUACGACCUGAUCGAGCGCAUCGACGACCUGGCUCUGCAGAACCAAAUCAGGGAGCAUGUCAUCUCUAUUGAAGGUGAGUAAUUUCAUAACCAUUUAGUGGUUUCAUUCAUUAAACGGAGGGGAUGUUAUUUAAUUCAGGGAUGGGGCUUAUGGGGGGCAUUUCCUGCCUUUUAUUCCCACUUGGUAACAAUGUCAUAGGCACAGCCCUAAUGUCAACAAUCGCACUUGGAGGAUGGGGGCGUAGCCAAUCUCAUGCUCCUUGUUCACGGAUCGAACUGCACCCAUGCACUGCAGUGUGAACAAUAACAGAGCUCAGCUGCCUCACAGGAGGCACUGUGCAAUCAGUCCUCUGAAAAUGAGCUCUGCUGCCUAAUGGGAUUUGCUUUUGUUCUGACACUGACCUGUAAUGAGAGGGAGAUCUAGUUUGGCUAAUAGAGGCAGAUGCUGCCAAAUAUAAAAGCAGCAUGUGUUUCCUGAAAGUGACACACAGGAAAAACCCUUUCAAAACAGUAGUAGAAGGGUAAAGAAAGACUGAUUGACAGUAGGGAUUCUAUCUAUCCAUCCACCCAUCCAUCCAUUCUUCCUUCCUUCCUUCCUUCCUUGCCAUGUUUGUGUCUAAACUCUCGCUUGACAAUUUCUAAACUUUAAUUUGAAUCGCCUUUCUAUUAAUUGAGGAGUAUGCCUCUGUCACCGUAAUGCUGAAAAUGAAACUCCACAUCGUCUUUAUCUGUCUAGUGGACAAUUGAAGGAUUUGACUGGGGCUACAUGAUUUCUGGAACUUCUUAAAGGCAAUAAAUUGCAGUACUGGUAUCGAUUACAAUCAAACCUCAUUUCACUGACAUUUUUCUUCCUUUACCACUACACAUCGCCUUUACAUCCUCCUUCACUUUUUGCAUCUCAGCCACUGAAGAAAAACACUUGGUGUGAACAUGUAGGGAAGUUGGAGCCUCUUCAUCACCAAAGGUGUCAUAGAUACGAAGAACAUGAAUGCAUGGCACUUGAGUUCCACCAAAAAUUGCACCCUCACAAUUUUUUGCAGCUGUAAUAGUGUGAUGACAAAUGUGAUUUGAUUUCCCGUGCAGCACUAGUUUUGACUCACAUUUGCUUGGUAUUUGUCAACACUUAUAGCUCCACCUGCAUCAACACCUUAAGAAAAGUAACCUCAUAUCAUGAUGCUGCCUCCACCAUUUGGUGCUACUUUCGGAGAGUCUCUAAUUUUGCUUGGCAAGCAUAACUUUUAGAAGACGGCCAUCCAACUUUGGAGAGUGACAGCAAUAUGUCAGCUGCAGUUGAUGCACUGCCACUUGUAAGCUUCUUAAAUUAUAGUAGCAGUUGUCCUUUUUUUGUCACCCUGCCUGUCAUCCAGCUCUUUAUCCAAUAAUUUCCUGUGAGCAUGUUGUUAGUCGGAACUGGGCAACUAUAGGUUUUAAAGAGUACUGCCACUCAAAAUAUUCAUUUAAAAUCAAAAGUGAGCAAAAAUACACCAAAGUAUCUGUAGUUCAUUGGCAUUGGAAUACAUUUUAAGCACAAUACAAUCUAUGUAUUUUUCAGCAGGUACAUUUGGCAUUUAGUUUUUGUUCUUCCAACAGCCAUACAUUAGAAUAAUGAAUACACAUACACCUCCAUAUCUACAUAAGGUCAGUGAGUAAGCUGAUGAUGGUGUGUCAGCUUCUAGAAGAAGUUCCCCAUUUCUCAGUGUGCUAUUUCAACACUACCUGAAAUAAAUGUUGAAACCAUAUAUUUUAUAUAUACUGUAUGCAUGAAAAGAUGACCGUUACCACAGUUAUUUCUGUUUGCUAAAUGCCAAAGCAAUGAGUUUGAGAAUUAUUAGAUAUUUAAUUUUUAACCUUCUUCAAACUUUGAAGAUCAGAUGACUUCUUUUUUUAGCUGUAUUAUCCGGAUCAAGUGUUUUGGCCAUCCCACCAUGAGCUUCUCAUCAUAGUUUGUUGGAAUCUUGGACCUUUUCUCCUAACAGAGGAGAAAAUGUCCCAUAAUGGUGCCACCCUCAUAUUUCACAGUUGGAAUGAUAUUCUUAGGCUUGUGAGCUUCCUCUAUUUUCCUCCAAAUAUAAUGAAGCUUGUCUUGGCCAAACACUUUUAUUUUAGUUUCAUCAGACCAUUGGAAACGUCCCCAAAAGUGAAAGUAUUUUUUCUCUGAGUGCAUUUGGGAAUAGGGCUGGAUAUUCCCAUCCUCUUUAUGCUUUCAUACAAAUGUUUGAACAGAUGAACAUCACUCUUUCCGGCAUCUGGACAUUGCAUCAACAGACUCACAGUUUUUUUUCUUGAUGCUUUGUCAAAUUUUUUUUUCUGUAAUGAUGCUGAAGGAAUCUGUGUGUUGAAGGUGUUGCCUUCAAAUGAACGGGGAUGUGUGCUUCCAAUUAACUUAAAUUUUGUAAAUUAUCCUGUCCAAAGCAUACAAAGCUAAGGGAUCAAUAUGAGUUUUCCAAAAUUCUUUUGCAUUGCAUUGUAAUCUAAUUGCAUGUAAACUCAUGACUUUGAGGAAUGUAAAAAUAAUAAUAAUAAUAUUUUUUUCUCUCAUUAUGCUGACAUUUAGGAACCAGAAGCUCAUUCCAAAUUUGUGGUGCAUAAAAACAGAAGGCUGCUUCACCAUGUCGUGUUUUUACUUUUUGUUGUGAUCCAGUCACUCAAACUGCACUUAUUGAAACAAGGUCUCAGAGUGGAACUUUUCAGGAACAUCCCCCGAGGAGGUGUGAAGUACUGUGCAGGUGUAAAAGCGCACAUCCACAGAACACAUGGCUGCUAGGGUUUGUUCCACACAUGCACAGGCAGAUGACAACAAAAAUGACAGCGGAUUGCAUUGUGUUGUUGUGCUACCAGCCUUUAAUUUAACCCCCUGAUGCGUGAGUGACUGACUAUACAGUCUUCCGUGAGUGGGUCCUUUUUGACCCGGGUUCAAAUCAUUGUGUUUUUAUGCU